AUGUCAGGAGAAAUGGAAGUCAAGAGCUGGGACUCCACACAGAACAGUGUUCAGAAAUUGUGCUAUGAGUGGACCAUUAGCAACUUUUCAACUUACAUGUGGGGGAUUCAGAAAGAGAUUACAAGCCCAGUGUUCUCAUCAGAGGCCAGUGAAGAAGUGGCGUGGUGUUUGAGAGUACACACAAAUGGGGUUGAUGAAGAAAGCAAAGGUUUCCUGUCAGUUCACCUGGUGUUGAUCAGCCAACCAGGAAGCCUAGUUUGGGCCAAGUUCCAGUUCUGGAUCAUAAAUUUCCAAGGAGAGAAAUUUCAAAGUAUGAAGAGCACGAAAGCUGCCUGCUUUCUGCCAAAUAAACCACUGGGAUUCAAAAAGUUCCUCUCUCGAGAUUUCCUCCUCUCCCUUCAGCACUGGCUUGUCCCUCAAGACCAGCUCACCCUUUGCUGCAAGGUGAACAUAAUAGGAGCCUUCUUUAGCAUGCCUGAACAGAACAUAACACCUGCAAUCAAGAAUACAGGGCAGAUGUUGAUAGAUGACCUAACAAAGCUGUGGGAGAAAUCUCUUUUCACAGACUGCUCCCUAUUGGUAGGUGACCAUGAAUUCAGGGCUCACAAGGCCAUCCUAGCAGGUCGCUCUCCAGUUUUCAGAGCCAUGUUUGAACAUGAAAUGCAGGAGAGACUAACCAACCUUGUGAAGAUCCCUUACCUGGAUCCUCAGGUCUUCAAGGAGAUGAUGGACUUCAUCUACACAGGGAAGGCACCACACCUCAACAGCUACCCUAUGGCCACUGGUGUGCUGACAGCAGUUGACAGGUAUGGCCUGGAGCACUUGAUGGUCAUGUGUGAGCAUGCCCUCUGCAGGAUCCUCUCUGUGGAGAAUGCUGCACAUACUCUCAUCCUGGCUGACCUCCACAGCAGAAAGAAUCUAAAGACCCAGGCCCUGAAUUUCAUUGCACUUCAUUCCUCUGAGGUCUCUGAGACCUCGGAGUGGAAGUCAAUGUUGGAGUCACAUCCCCGCUUGGCAGCUGAAACCUUCCACUCCCUGGAUUCUGCACAGAGAAUAUUUUCUUUGAGCCCUCACUCAAACGCCUAA